GUAGCUGACGGGCUCCCUUGUUUGUGUGUCCCCCACUCCCGGCGACCGCGAGCCUCUCGUCCACCCCCGACACCGAGCCGAAAGCCGCGUGGAUUCGCCGCCCGAUCCAGCGAUGGAUUCAGCCUCCAGAGUUGCCCCGCCGCCGGUCAGCGCUGGUGUCCGCGUCCGCGCGCCGCUGGUAGAGUCCGUCUCCUGUUACUGCAGAUUAGAUACGGGCCUUAAAACUGUCGUGGAUGCUAGAAAAUUUGCUUCUGGAGCAAAGAUGUGCAUGCAACCUGAUGCCAAACUAACCAAGCGCAAGUCAAGGGGCUCGCGGAAGGAGAGGUGCCGAGCUCAAGCACCACUUUUGCCUGGCCUUCCUGAUGAUCUUGCAAUUGCCUGUCUUAUACGGGUUCCACGAGUGGAACACCCCAAUCUCUGGACAGUUUGUAAAAGAUGGAACCGCCUUUUGUCAGGAAAUUACUAUUAUUCCUUGCGCAAGAAACUCAGCAUGGCAGAAGAAUGGGUUUAUGUCUUUAAAAGGGAUCGUGAGGGGAAAAUAUCCUGGCAUGCCUUCGAUCCACUGAACCAGCUCUGGAAGUCCCUUCCACCUGUUCCACCGGAGUAUUCAGAAGCGUUGGGUUUUGGCUGUGCUGUUCUGAGUGGUUGCUAUCUGUACUUAUUUGGCGGUAAGGAUCCUUUGAGGGGCUCUAUGAGACGUGUUGUAUUUUACAAUGCCCGGACCAACAAAUGGCAUCGAGCUCCAGAUAUGUUACGAAAGCGACACUUUUUUGGUUCCUGUGUAAUAAACAAUUGUCUAUAUGUUGCUGGUGGAGAAUGUGAAGGCAUACAAAGGACUCUUCAGUCUGCUGAAGUUUAUGACCCUAAUAGGAACAGAUGGGUCUGCAUCCCUGAGAUGAACAACGGGAUGGUGCCUUUCAUCGGAGUUGUAUAUGAUGACAAGUGGUUCCUAAAAGGGCUUGACUCCCAUCGCCAAGUGACAUGUGAAGUGUACCUACCGUCAUCCAAUUUGUGGUCAACCAUUGAUGAUGAAAUGGUUACAGGUUGGCGAAACCCAAGCAUUUCCUUCAAUGGACGUCUCUAUUCAUCUGAUUGCCGGGAUGGCUGCAAGCUUAGAGUCUAUGAUGCAAACACAGGAACAUGGGCACGAUUCAUAGACAGCAAGCACCAUCUAGGCAGCUCACGAGCCUUUGAAGCCGCAGGCUUGGUGUCUUUAAAUGGUAAGCUUUGCAUUAUUCGCAACAACAUGAGCAUCACUCUUGUUGAUAUCUUGCAUCCAACAAUGAGUAUCGAGACCGACAGUGCAUGCAUGUGGGAAACUGUUGCUCGUAAGGGUCAGCACAAGUCAUUUGUGGCAAACCUGUGGUCGACCAUUGCAGGACGUAACCUGAAGAGUCACAUAAUCCAUUGUCAGGUGCUGCAAAUUUGAGGUCAGCUGUUGCGAACCGGGACAUGAUGAAAUCAGCGAAACAACACCUCCAUUACAAGAUCAAAUGCUCAUCCUGAACAAAUCUUUGUACAUUUGAUUACCAGAAGCUGCAAUUCAAGAUUCUGGCAAUAUAUAUAUUGGGAUAUCCACCAUCAGCUCGUUUAUCCUGUAUUCAUUCAUUUACUGCUUUAUGUUGAUCUAUGUUGUAGCCCCACACCAGACUUCGAGAUUAGAAUAAGUAAUGCUUCUAAUGCUUACUUCAUUUUGAAGUUCA